AUUUUCUCUUAGAAGAAAUUAUAAAAUUAUGGCAAACAGGGAAGGCCGUUCCCAAAAUUCCUCGUGUUGAAUUCGGAGGCAUAAGAGAGAGAGAGAGAGAGAGAGAGGGGGAGAACCAUCGAGAUUUGCAGACAUGUCUGGGGUGAUCUUCGAAUUCGAUGCUUUUUAGGCGGAAGCAUCUGAGCAGGAGAGCGUUAGAUUCCUUGUCGAUCCUCGCCGACUUGGAUGUUUGAUGGCUGAAUGCAAGAGUGGAGAAGCAUCCGAUGAUCCGAGGUAAUAGACGAGUGGAUUUGGGGCUUGAAGAGAUCGAGAUUUCCAGACAGGGAUAGUGCUGAUUUGAUCUGGGGAUUCCAUAGUUUUUUGCUUUUGUCGGACGGUUUUGGUGGUGGAAGGAAGUUGUUUGUGUCCUUUGAAAGAGGAAGUCGAGCUUUGAUCGCGUUACCGAUGCCGGAUACACGGGAGUUUCAGAACAAUGCACUUCCGACGUAUUCGAAUGCCUCCCCCGUGAAUCAUAAUAUAGAUGAAUCUAUGCGGCGGUUAAAAGUUGAGGAUAAUUAUGAUGAAGUUGAUGCGUAUGCAAAUCCAUAUCCCGAUCGCCCUGGAGAGCCUGAUUGCAUGCACUACAUGAAGACAGGAUCGUGUGGAUAUGGAAGCAGCUGCCGCUAUAAUCACCCAACUUACGUUGGGCAGGGGACUCGGGCAAAAGGUGAACUUCCAGAAAGAGUUGGUCAGCCUGAUUGUCAGUACUUUCUAAGAACAGGGAUGUGCAAGUUCGGUGCAACAUGCAAAUAUCAUCAUCCACGUGACAGACAAGAUGCACGGGCAUUAGGAUUUAACAUUUUAGGCUUUCCAAUGCGUCAGGAUGAGAAAUCCUGCUCAUAUUACAUGAGAACUGGAACCUGCAAAUUUGGAGUUGCUUGCAAGUUUGACCAUCCCCAGCCUGCAUCAGGCGCCAUAUUUCCUCUGGCUCUAAAUGGGUCCUCCGCUUAUGGGUCUCCAUUAUCAUCUGUGGCGCCAGCACCUAGCAUGCCUUUUGCUGGUGGAAUUGCAGCUUGGCCAUUAUCUAACGGGCCAGCCUAUAUGUCCAAUCCUCGCAUGCAAUGCCUGCCAGCUUACAUGCCUGUUAUUAUUCCUCCGACCUCAGGGACCAUUCCUGGGCAGCAGGGAUGGACCAAUUACACGGGUAAUGUGAGUCAGGUUCCAUCUCCUGAUAUAGUUGGGCACACUCAGACACCAAAGCACAAGAACAACACCCAUCCAAGUCCCAGCUUCGUCGAAAAUUUCCCGGAGCGACCCGAUCAACCCGAAUGCCAGUAUUACUUGAAAACUGGAAGCUGUAAAUAUGGUUCAACUUGCAAAUACCAUCACCCGAGAGAGAGAUUCUCAUCAGCUACCAACACUCUUGGACCCUUUGGCCUCCCUAUGAGACCUGGCCAUGCGGUUUGCUCAUUCUACAGCAUGUAUGGAACCUGCAGCUAUGGCUCAGCUUGCAGAUUUGAUCAUCCCUGGAUAAGCUAUUAUAACUACUCAUUACCAGAAAUGUCUAUACCGGAUCAUUUUCCUUUAUUUCCUAACCAGAGGAACCCGCAAGCGACAUUAACGUCGUUGGAAGCUCCUAAAAUCAUGAAAUCUGAGGCGAGGGACGAAGCUCCUCCUCCUGAUAAUGAUGAGUAUAGGGACCCUCAAUCAAAUUCUGCAAUUUCUUCUGAGUCUCUACUGAAUCAAUCUGAUUAAGGUUUCCCCCACCCUUUUUUCAUCCACUGAGGGUUUUCAUUUCAUAAGCUGGGGAGUUUUUGGGUCUGCCUCCAAUUUCCCCUCUGUUUGCAGCUGCUGGAAUUGCAUUUACUGCUGUUGACGGCCAAAGAACUUGAUAUUUAAACUGUUGAGUUGUUGUUCGCUGUUCCCAAUUUUUAUAUAAUUUUCUGUGAAAAUAAUGUUUUGAAGGGUUUUUUUUUUUUUUUUUUUUUGACAUGGAAAUAAGAAUCUGCUACGUCAGUGUGUUCAGUGACUUUGUACUGAUGCGAUAUGUGGUUCAGAUUGAAUCCUUUUUUUUUU